UGCAUGCGGGUUUAGGUGCAGCCUUGUUCAGGCCUCUAGUGGAACCCCAACUCCGGCGUUGACAUCGCUGUUGCCAACUACUACACACCGACAUUGGUACUCAUUGAUACCCCCCCCCACAGUUGCACAUUCACUACAUGCCUGUGUCAUCACAUCCUCAUUCUCGCACCGUCGGGUUUCAUCGUAAACGAUGGACGCUCAACGACGACAUCGUUCUCUACAUCGUACAGCUGAUGUGCGUUGGCUCGGCACCACGGACUCCCUUUGGACCUUCGACAAAAGAUGUCCGCAUGUUGGCCGCAUCCUCUCGUCAUCUCAGAAGGAUAUGCCUUCCACACGUGUACUGCCGCUAUCAGUGGGUGUGGAAUAGCGUAACUCCCAGAAGAUCGGCAUUCAUGCCUUCAACGCUAUGGACCUACGUAACGUCUUUCGAACUCGACAUCCAAAAGUUCUUCGGGGGCCAUUCCGACCUCGUCAUAAACGAAACCCUUCAGUUCCCGAAAGCCUUGUCAGAUAACAUUGCCACGGCGUUUCCCUUGAUGAAGAACCUGCGAAUUGUCUGUUUGUCGCAAUUCACAGUGUGCGGACCCUGGCGAGAGCUGUUGGAAUCCAUAUUUCUCGCGCCCGCUCUUGAAUCGCUGGAGAUACGUAAUUCGCCGUGGCAGGGCUAUGCAGAGAUAUUUGACACGCACGACAUUCCAGCCCCUUCUUUGCGAGAAUUCAUCUAUCAUGUCCCGUUCGCGUUGCUACCUGCUCGGAAAGCACAGCAGGACAUUGGCCGGCGUGGGAUGGUCCAGCGGGCGACAGAACUUUGUAUCCUGUACCCCCUGAUUCAUAGAUUCCGGACGUCGCUCGAAACCCUUGAGCUUCCAGCAGAACUCUUUUUCGACUUGUUCGAUACAGAGUUUCCCGUCCUCCGGGAGCUUCGCGUGGAAGGACUCUCACCGGGAUAUGGACCUUCUGAUUUGUGGGUCCGACUACUGAAGUUGGCGCCACGCUUACGCGUUUUGAACGUUCGUUUGGUCCCGGGUGAUGCAGACAUUCAGACGCGUCUGGUAAAUAAAAUGCCUGAAUCCAUGGAUGUGAUGGACAGGCUACACUCCAUCAGGCUUUCGAAUCCAUCUCCACACGACUUCAUCUUUCGCUUGCUUCCCUCUACGUUGAUGGAACUGUGUCUGACGACUUAUCCGGACCACACGACAACCGCAGAUCUCGUGAAAUCGUCUCUUCCUAAGGACAUCCUAUCAUGUCCAGAGCUACUCUCCAUCCUGAAGACACUUUCCGUGCCAGAUCUGAGAACUCUCGCCAUCUCGUACAAAUGGGACCGCCACGAAUGUCAAGAAGAACUCGUACGGUACAUCACUUGUGCGUUCCCAGGGUUGGACGUGCUAGAGCUGAAUCAAUACCAUACGCCUGCUAAUAUGCAGAAGACGUGUAUAAAACAAAUCAAGGAAAGGCUGUCUUGUCUCUCUCAAUUGAGAUCUCUACGUCUUAACCUCGGAUACAUGCAAACUGGGCAGUGGCUUUGUGAUACGACUUGGCAAUACGAUAGGCGUACGGCGUGGGAGCUGGGGACGUGGAUUAAAUCAUUGUGUGAUAUUUCCUUCCUGGUUGUGAAGGCCCCACUGGCGCCGUUUGACCAGCCUUAUGGAUGGGUGUGGACGUGGAGAACGUAUAUAGUGAACGGUAAUGUGACGUCACAGUGGCAGUGUAUACAAUGAACUAUGAACGUCUGCCCUCUUCUAUUAAAGACAACAAAAACAAGAAAAACAUAUUGAAACGGGUCUUGCUCGUGCUCACUUGCAUCUUUCUCGUACUCGUCUUCUUUGCUGGGAACCGGACACCUACAAUGACAAGGGGCAAGUACAGUGUUGGCUAGUAAGUUCCUCUUCCACACCCUUCCUACCCUACCCGUCUGACCACAGUUCAGCUUUGUCAACUGGGGCAUAUAUGCGCGCAAAUACCCACCCUCUGCGAUCCCUGUCUCUGACCUCA